GCGAUGCUGAGGCUUUUGGCCUGGCCGACCUUGGGUCCGGCCACUGCCAAGGCCCUCAUCCUUGCUUUUCACGCUGUUUGGUGGCAUUGGCUGUCCCGGUGUGCGCCAUAGUCCUGAUGCCGCUGCUGAGUCGACAAUAUGGCGUUCCGUCCGCUGGAUCCCGCCCACGAGAAAUAAUGUCAGCAACCCACCCAUUCGAAACGCAGGACUUAUGUACCCUACGAUUGAGGCCACAAAACGAGUCAUAUCCGAUUUCGCCCCGCCAGACGGAGUCCUAUCCAAGCAUUACCGAGGCGUACUCCAGACAGACUCCAGUCCUAACCCAGCCAGACAGAAUCAUAUCACAGCAGGACAGAAGCGCACCCCUGCAAGAUCCUAACCUAACAAGCCAUCGUCAUCCUUCGACCUGGCCAUCGACAACAAGGACUUUGACUAGGUCAAUCCAGGGAGGGACUACUCCUGCUACUGGACUCAAGAUAGAGAUCGUUGCUGUUAGGUUUAAGGAUAUACGCGUAUAUGUAUAUAUUUAUAUUGUAGAUACAAAUUUGAUCCACUUAUUAAGUUAUUCUAAGCUAAGUUUUGAUGAAUAAAACUAUUGAAAAAUCA